CAAGUGUACAUUCAUGCCAUUGUCCAAAGCCGCCAGUUGUGUGUCAAUUGGCGCACGUCUAACUAAUCCUCUCAGUCACAUGGCCAACGGCAGCUUCUCAUUGGACGAGAGGACGGGGAAAAAAGCCUGGCCCAACGGUGGCUCAGGAGUUUUGGUGGCAGAGGCAAAGUGGGCACAGCACGGAUACCCAAAGGAUCUUACAGGGAGGAAUUCCUGGAAAAACAAAGAGAGAGUGACACUGGAAAUAGUGGAAGAGAAGAAAAAGAGAGGAAGCGAGAGAUGACCUAACCAAAGAGGAGAUGAUCCCACAGCUAAAUUAUUGUCUAAAAACCUCAAGCUUUAACCAACGUAUCUAAAGACGAGGGCCAAGCCCCCAAGUGAACCAAAGUAUCACCAAAGUAACCCCAUACCAAAGCACCCCAAGCCAAACCAAGUACAGUGGGGAAGAGAAAAUCAACACAAAGAGUAUUAAGAUGAAGCUGGAGACAGCCCCAGAUAUGAGUGAGUGGCGAGAGGACGACUUUGCCCUCAACUGCACCUACAUCGUCCCUGACCAGAUGUUGGACCCCAGCUUCGGUGUGCCCAAAGCCAUGACGUCCAUACCCCGCAACCUCACCUUUGAGUACAGCACAGAGAAUGAGGUGACAGGCGUGUUCAGCAAAGAGUACAUUCCUCAGGGGACUCGGUUCGGGCCUCUGCAGGGUGAAAUCUACACCAAAGACAACGUCCCCAAACAGGCCAACAGGAAAUACUUCUGGAGGAUCUAUAACGGCGGGCAGCAACACCACUUCAUCGACGGCUAUGACUUGCAGCGCAGCAACUGGAUGCGCUACGUCAACCCGGCGCACUCGCUGUCCGAACAGAACCUGGUGGCGUGCCAGAAUGGACCCGACGUCUACUUCUACACCAUCAAGCCCGUGGAGCCCAGGCAGGAGCUGCUGGUGUGGUACAGCCAAGAGUUCGCCCAGAGACUGUGCAGCCAACCAGGAGACGAGCUCAAACAAAAACACGUAAGCAGAGAUGUCAGAGAAUCCGAGUUCACCAAACAACAGCAGACCUGGCUCCUGGAAGAGAAGGAGGAGAUGAAAGACGAGAGUGAGGAUGAAAGGGAGGAGAGAAUUGACGUGGAGGUGCUGGAAAGAGACACUCCACCCGACACGCCAGACGACCAAAUCAUGGACUUCAGCCAGAAGAUAGAGAAUGAGAAGGUGACCCAGGACCACCAGGGACCCAUCCCCUCUCCUCAACCUGACCAGAGAGAGCCCAACCUGGGAUCUCAUGUCUACGGCUUCCCUGAGCGCCACCCUACUGCCCCCUUCCCGCACCGCAACCUCCCCCUCCACCUCCACGGACUCUACGGCCACAGAGAGGGCCUAGUGUCCUCCUACCCCCUCUACCACCCCUCCAGACCCCUUCAAACCCCCUACCAGCUUAUCCCCCCAUACAGCAGCCCCCACUACCCCCAUCUCCUCCUCCCCCAGUACUCCCCACCCUUCCCUGGGAUGCUCCCCUCCAGAGACCCUCUGCGGUACAGCAGCUACCUGAGUAGCGAUGGACUUCCAUACCCCUCCAUGGCCCACCAGCCUGGUCUGCUCCCAGUGUCUUUGCCCUACCCCGGAGCUACUCAGGGAGGGCUGAAGGAGAGGACCCCAAAUAUGUCACCUCCUUGUGGGGCCCCAGCCACCCCAGAGCUCUCUCCCCUUCCCAAGCAGGAGCACCAGACGCCCCUGCAGUCACCCUGUGGCUGUGAGGAGGCCAUGAACCUCAGCCUGGCCAUGCCAAAGAGCAGCCCCUCGCCACCUGCUGCCCCUGGGUACAAAUCCCUACCCUACCCCCUGAAGAAACAGAACGGCAAGAUCAAGUACGAAUGCAACGUCUGCAUCAAGACUUUCGGACAGCUGUCCAACCUCAAGGUGCAUCUGAGAGUUCACAGUGGAGAGAAGCCCUUCCAAUGUCACCUCUGCAAGAAGAGCUUCAGCCAGCUAGCCCACCUGCAGAAGCACCACCUGGUCCACACAGGAGAGAAACCACACGAGUGCACAGUGUGUCACAAGCGCUUCAGCAGCACCAGCAACCUCAAGACCCACCUGCGGCUCCACUCGGGUGAGAAGCCCUACCAGUGCAAGCUGUGCAGCACCAAGUUUACCCAGUACAUCCACCUCAAGUUGCACCGACGCCUGCACUGCACCCGCGACCGCACCUACCACUGCCCGCUCUGCGCCCGCGCCUUCCUCCAUCGCUUCUCGCUGUGUGUCCACCAACGCAGCUGCUGCCCUGCUUCCUCCCAGGCCCACGCCAACCCCCAUUCCCACGCCCACAUCCGCGAGCUGGUCGAGCGCUUCGACACCAGCCCCGAGGCGGACACUCUGUCUGAAGGGGCAGGGCCAGCCCAUGUAGAAGCUGCAGUGGAGCGCUGGGUGGCCCGGAGCAUGGAAGGGCGAGAGUGCAAGGAGGACCAGAGUGAAGCCACCCUGCUGCUCAAGGCCCUCACGGCGGCCAUUAACACCCCAGCUCCUCCCAUCACGUCAUCUCACAGCUCUACUUCAGCCUAUCAGGAGCGGGCUAGUGUGGUACACCUCUACAACCGGCCAAUGGUGAAGAUGCAAGGGCAGUAGGGCGAAGUGGAAGGACCCUUGUGGGGAGGGGUAGGGAACAAGAUACAUUUUAAGGGUCUACCUCCUGAAAAGCCAGAGCACAAUCGAUAAAGUCGUAACAAAAAAAAAGCCAAUAAGAGAGCUGCACCAAAACAAAGACCAUUCCAAAGACAUGGCCACAUACUGUUCAGUGAUUGCACUUCCACCCUAACUAAGGGUGUUUUCUUAUUAGUUGUUAAGUACUCACAACUGUUUUCACUCAGGUUUCACAGGUGUAAUUUACAGGGAAUGUGUGAGUGAGUUUGUCAGCUAUAUUUGUUCAGUUGAGUGAUUAUUUUAUUUGAUAGCGUAAUGUUACAUGUCUGGACACUUCCAAGGAGGCUUACUCUUUGGAAAACUGUUGGACCUAUGCCAGGAACUAUUACUGCGAUAUCUCAUGAUUUAUUAGUGGACAAUCUUUGUGUUUAUUUAUUUAUUUUUGCUAAAAGGGUAGAUCAGGGAUCUUGAAACUAUGUGUAUGUAUUUGCAUUUGCCAAAAAACAACAAGAAUCAAAUAAAAUAUGAGGAUAAACGGGUCUAACUUAUGUAGCAUAACUUUUAAAACUUAAGUGUAUUCUAAUGUAAUGUAACAAGAGAGGAAAGCAAACCAAAAGUAGUCAGAAUGUUAUAAUGUUCCAGUUCGAUGCAAAUAGCUUCUCAGGACUUCCUGUGAGUCAUUUAGUGAUGUAUUGGAGGUACAUACUUCUGCACAGAAACUAGCAAUAAAAAGAAAAACGUUGUUUCUCUAUUUUUUUGUAUGUUAAAACAUUUUAAGACAGUGCAUUUGUAUUUGAAUUUGUAAGACAUAUUUAACAGUUCGUUUUUUUUUUUUUUUGCAUUGUGUUCCUGUUUGAAUAUAUCCUGAAAUACCAUUGUGUUUCUAGCUCUUUCUCUUUGAUUCAGUUAUCUACCCACUGUCGAUAAAGCUUCAUUUCAUUCUUCCUCUAUACUGAUGGUAGAUGCGAGUGUCAUCCAAAUCAGAGCAUGAACCAUACAGUAUGUGAGCCAGAACCAAAUGUAGUCUGUACUGCACUUGCCCCUUUCCUCAGUCUGCUCCUAGUACUACUGUAUAUGCUCAAGUGAAUGGCUCUAGACUCUUGUUAUUUUACCAAAACUAUUGACAAAAGUACCUCAUACGAGAGCUGUAAAUUUUCACUAGUACUGGAAAAAGCCGGAACUAGUUCCAUGUGCACCAAGGUUUCUGUUACCUAAAACCAAAAUGGUGGAACUGUUCUAACAUUAAUACUGUGUGAAUUUCUUUUUUUUUGUAUACACAUUUGUAGUUUUUAUACAGUAUGUUUGUCUAUGUAGUUAAUUUUUUGACCAAGGUUAUUAUAUGUGUAUACUUUAUGUCAGAGAUUAUUUUUAUGAUAUUUUUAUAAUAAAUGUAGCACAUUAAACAUAUUGUUUU